CAUUCAUUCUGCCAAAGCAAAACGCUCUCGAUUCCUCUCUUGUCUCUCUUUCAAGUAAACGGACGUCAGAAGAGCGGAGAACGACGAAGAGGAGUUCGGAGGAGUUAGGAUUCCUGUUUGCUAUGAUCCGAACCUUGGUGUUGACGAAUCCCUCACCUUGCAUGGAAGCCGCAUGCUCUUCCGCUGCCGCCUCUUUCUUACCGCUCUGUCUUCGCUUCUCCAAGGAGUUGGGCCUCGUGCGAACUGGGAUUCCGCUGAGGAGUUCCUCUUGCCGGUCGAUUUCUAGAUCUAGGAGGACAAUCGUGGUUAAAUCAGUUGCUGCUCCGAAUCAGUUAGUGGAGUUGCCCCUAACUGCUGAAAAUGUUGAGUUAGUAUUGGAUGAAGUACGGCCAUAUCUUAUUGCUGAUGGAGGGAAUGUAGCACUUCAUGAGAUAGAUGGAAAUGUUGUAAGGCUAACAUUGCAAGGUGCGUGUGGGUCUUGUCCAAGUUCUGUAAUGACAAUGAAGAUGGGAAUUGAGCGCCGCUUAAUGGAAAGGAUUCCAGAAAUUGUUGCGGUUGAACCAAUAGCUGAUGAGGAGACUGGGCUUCCACUAAACCAAGAAAAUAUCGAGAAGGUACUUGAUGAGAUCAGGCCAUACCUUACUGGAGCUGGUGGGGGAGAGCUUGAGCUUGUUGAAAUUGAGGAGCCCAUUGCCAAGAUUCGACUGACUGGCCAAGCUGCCGGUGUCAUGACUGUUCGAGUUGCGGUAACUCAGAAGCUGCGAGAAAAGAUACCUGCCAUCGCAGCUGUCCAGCUUUUAUCAUAGAUCAGAAGGAACAACUCUAAUUUAUUUGGAUAUAGUGUGAUCGAUGCUGUAUAGCAUAAAUUCCUCGAUGAAGAAAUUAAAUAAUAUUCGUCGUAUCUGAAAUGAAGCAUUUGUAGUUACUUUGAGGCAUCAAUGCACAUCCAUCCAAACUCUCGAUACUGUCA